AUGAGAGAUGAAACAUCACUGGUGGCUCUUGAAGUUGUGGAGAUACCGUACGGCAGGACUUCUGCUGAUCCUGGGGGUCACUUCUCUGACAAUACUUCUGGGGACAUACUUUCUGAAACAUUUGGGGGGGAGGCACACUCCACCUGUAGUUUUCCUGAAAACACACAAGACAGGAAGCAGCACGGUGCAAAAUCUGCUGUUCCGCAUGGGAGAGAUGCAUGGAGCCACGUUUGCCUUCCCCUCCUACACCUACCAGUUCAGCUAUCAAGACAAGUAAGCCAGCGUUCUUCUGCUUCCUGUUUCUUCGUGUCCGUGUUUGACGUUCUCUCCUCUCUCAGAUUCGAGGCGGAUCUUGUGGAUGAAUUACCUGAAGGCUCCUCUCAGUUCGACAUCCUGUGCAGUCACAUGCGUCUAAACACUGAAGAGCUGAAAAAAGUGAUGCCUCCAAACACCGUCUACGUCACCAUCCUCCGUGACCCCGUGCAGACGUUCGAGUCCGUUUUCUCCUAUUACACCUUCUCCGUUCCGGCCUUCUCCCUGGCUAAAAAAGCUGCAGAGACUACAGCGAACAGAUCGGCCCUGUCAGUGUUUAUGGAGUCGCCGGAAUCCUUCUGGGACCCUAAACUUCCUGAGAAUGGCCUUGCUAGAAACCCCAUGAGCUUUGAUUUUGGCCUUGACCUCCAGCAUGGGAAUGCAGCUAACCUCACUGCGCUAGCAGAAGCCUUCCACUUGAUCAUGAUUGCAGAGCGCUUUGAUGAGUCCCUGGUGCUCCUGCAGGCUCUGCUGAAGCUGAAACUAGAAGAGCUCGUCUACGUCCACCUCAACGCUCGCUCUGCACGCAGCAUCACGCCUUUAGACGAGACAACUAGAGCCAGGAUAGGAGCCUGGAACCUCCUGGACAUUCAGCUCUACGACUUCUCCUUGAAGCUGUUUCAGAAAAAAGUGGAGCAGUACGGAGCCGAGAGGCUGAAGAGAGAGGUGGACCUUCUGAGGGCGUCCUCCAGCAGAAUCAGACAGAAAUGUGUGGCUAGAAGAGACGUGUCACCUGAAGAACUGGAGGAGUUAGUCCGACCAUGGCAGUCUGACUCUGCGACCAUCGUGGGUUACAAUGUUAGAGAUAAUCUGACCAAGGAGGAGCAAGGCUUCUGCAUGCGACUUGUUCUGCCUGAACUUCAGUACCACGCCCAUCUGUACUUCAAGCAGUACGGCCGAGCCAUGAGGCCUGUACCCACAGAGUAA